AUUCGGAGAUACGUGUAUCACGACGUUGUUCGGCUUCAAGACAUCACGAAGCUCGUCGACUGUAGUGGAGUUCAGGCCUACAUUGUCAAUGGCUCAAGGGUGGUGUUCUUGAACCAGAGGCCUCAGCCCCGACCGACCAAGACGACCAAUUCAUGCCUGACAUGCGCUCGAAUGCUUCAAGACGAAUUCAGCUACUGCUGUUUGGGUUGCAAG